CAUAUAAAACCAUCACAAACCUUCUCAGAAUAACUCACUUAUUUUCAAAGUCAAAAAAAAAAAAAAACUCUUUUUUCUCUCUUUAUCACCACCGUCAACCACCGUAUAUGGCGCUUGUCCACCGCCGCAACAGCCCUAAACUCCGGCUACCAGAAAUCUCCGACCACCGUCCUCGUUUCCCUGUCCCUCUUCCUGCCAACAUCUACAAACAACCCUCCACUUCAGCCACCACCGCCUCCGUUGCCGGUGGUGACAAUAUUAGUGCCGGUGACUUUGAAAAACUCUCCGUUCUCGGUCAUGGCAACGGCGGCACCGUUUACAAAGUCCGUCACAAACUCACCUCCAUCAUAUACGCUCUCAAAAUCAACCAUUAUGACUCUGACCCCACCACGCGCCGCCGUGCACUCACCGAAGUAAACAUCCUCCGUCGCGCAACGGAUUGCACCAACGUCGUGAAAUACCACGGCUCCUUCGAGAAACCCACUGGCGACGUUUGCAUUUUGAUGGAAUACAUGGACUCCGGCAGCCUUGAAACUGCCCUCAAAACAACCGGCACAUUCUCCGAAUCAAAGCUCUCAACGGUGGCGCGUGACAUUUUAAACGGUCUCACGUACCUUCACGCGCGUAACAUAGCGCAUCGUGACAUAAAACCUUCGAACAUCCUCGUAAACAUCAAAAACGAGGUUAAAAUUGCUGAUUUUGGUGUCAGUAAAUUUAUGGGUCGCACGCUUGAAGCAUGUAACUCUUAUGUUGGCACGUGUGCUUAUAUGAGUCCUGAAAGAUUUGACCCAGAAGUUUAUGGAGGGAAUUAUAACGGUUUUUCAGCUGAUAUAUGGAGUUUAGGUUUAACCCUAUUUGAACUUUAUGUAGGUUAUUUUCCAUUUCUUCAAUCGGGUCAACGACCCGAUUGGGCUUCGCUUAUGUGCGCGAUUUGCUUCUCUGAUCCGCCAAGCCUCCCUGAGACUGCUUCGUCAGAGUUUAGAAACUUUGUCGAAUGUUGUCUUAAGAAGGAGUCUGGUGAACGGUGGUCGGCGGCUCAGUUGUUGACCCACCCAUUUUUAUGUAAAGAUAUGGAAAGUUAACCCAGAUUUUUUUUCAAUCGGGUCUAGACUCUAGUACUGUGUAAUAUUGGAUAGUGUUAGUUAUUUAGUUAGAUUAGGUUUUUUUAUUAGUAAAUGUAUAUUCUUCCUUCAGAUUCUAUUUUUUUCUUUGGGACUUAGGAAAAUGAUUCCACCUUUGAACAUUAUUAUUCUCUCUGGUUUUAAGGGAAAUUCAAAAUUCAGUUAAAAGCAAAAAAUUGCUGCUGAAUAAAGUGAAUUAUUCAUUUUCAA